AUGUUGAGGAGGGUAUGUAUGAAGUAAAUGAAAAAGAUGAUAUAAAGGAGAAUUAUUAUAAGAAGAUGAUAUAAAGGAGCGUAAAAUGGAGUUUGUGAUGCAAAAUUAAGGUUAUUUUAAAGUUUAAUGUAAGAAACUAAUAUUGUAGCCUACAGUCUGUUUUGGUAGUAUAAUAAAUAAAUUUUUGUGCUGGUGUUCUGUUGGUAUCCCUGAUACUACUGGUCAUUUAGUAAACUCAUUUCUUGAACCUUUGAGACUUUUCAGCUCAUUUUUUGAUGUUUCAGCAUUUCUGCAACAUGAUGAAUGUCAGGGGUUUCGUAUUAGAAAAUAACUUUCAAAACAAACAGUUGUCACAUUUUACGGUAAUUCGACUAGAUCAUAUCCAGUUUCCGACAAAUCAAAAAACAAUACUUAUUAUUUUUGAGAGGCUGUACCAGGUGUACUAUUUUUUAAUAAAAGGGCUUGAAAGGGAGGUUAUAAGCCUUAAAUUAAAAAGUUUGAAAUAAUAUGUUUUAUUGGUUUAAAAAUUUUAAAUCUCAUGACAGAUUUGGUCUUGCGGCUUGAAAUACAGUGGAACUCCUGUAUAACGAAUCGCUCGGGAAUUUGAAAUUCGUUCGUUAUAAAGGAGUUUCGUUAUAGAGGAGUUUUAAAUGCACUGUGUAGUGCUAGACGGGGAUUCAAAAGUUGUUCGUUAUACAUGAGUUUCGUUAUAGAAGAGUUCGUUAUACAGGAGUUCCACUGUAUCUUUGAAAUUAAAUUUUAAAUGUUAGGUUCUUCAAAUGAUUCUGCGCCCCAUCUCAAAGCAAUUUUUUAGGGUUAGAGGGCGCAGAAUUAUCUGAAAAACCUAAUAGAAUAUACAUUAUUUAAUUAAUUUUUAUUUUUUAGUUACACUCAAGACCUGUCGUCAGUACUAACUGAUUCAAGAAGGACGAAGACUGAAGCUACAGUCUUCUUUACGAGGCAUUGGGGAGAUGGGUUUGUACCAAAAAAGGAAAUACCACCAUCUUCUCAUAUUCCAAAAGUCAAUGCUGACACUUUUAAACAUUAUUUGGCUACAACGGCAAAGGUAAAGUCUUUUUGUCUGUUUUAGUUGAUUGAUUGAUUUUUAAGGUGUACAAUAUAAAAAUGUAAGCGAGUUAUAAAAUCCAAAGUUACUAAAAUAUUUUUUUUUUCAGAAGCACAAGCAUUACCUAAAAUCCAAGCGAGCCUUACGGAAAGCUUUAGCUCUACACAGUAGAGACGUCAAUCUAACCUCAUCUGAUGUACCUUCGCUCUUCUUAUCAUCAGACUUUACCCUCAAAGACCCAUCAACCUUUGAAUCGGUCUUUCUAGAACCACUGGAAGGAUCAAUCGAUCGAACUGCUUCGGAUGCUGAGCUCAAGAAGUUAUUCGCAGGAUCAGUGUCAUCCUCAAGACCAAGUCUAUCACGAGCACCAUCAACCUCAUCUGUCGUGUCGUCACAAAGCUCACAAAUAGCUCCGGAUUCCACGGACAGAAGUUACAGGCCAUAUCAAGUACUACACAAUAAACUGGAGUACUAUCACGAUGUAGUUGGAGGGCUUUUGAAUAACGAGUUGAGUGAUAAAGGGGAAGAGUUUUGGAAGACGGUCAAUUCAUAUGGAACGUUGAAUGAAGAGCUGGCUGACGCAUUGGAUAAAGUUAAGGAAAUGAGGUGGGUAAAAUAUUUUUUAUUCAGAUUUUUUGUUGUAAAUGAUAUAAAAACAAGAAUAGAAGUUGAAUACGAUGAUGAUAUGAAUAAAACAAGUAUUUUUUAAAGGUGUAUUAGGUCUCGUGCGUGGUGGUGUCCGUAGUGUUUCUGACUUUUGCUUUUUCUUCUUUGUCAUCUGUGUCCUCUUUUUGAUUCUCUAGGAAUGCUGCCAUUUGCCGUUCCGUAUAUCUAGGUGGGUUCUCUGGGUACUUCAGAAAACUUUCGAGCAAUUUUCCGAAAUUGGCUGGCAGCACUAAAAUAAUAAAAUAUUGUCUUAUAUAUUGAUGUUUGUUAGUUAUUUUUAACGUUUGGGGGUUAAAAACAUAGUUACAAACCGGGAAUCUGGGCUAGCUUAGAGCUUGGUCUGGAAGCUGACGAGAAAUCAACACAAGAUCUCGGCCUAGCUCUAGAGCUUAGACUUGAAGUUGAGAAAGGCCUGGAGCUUUAUUUUUAAGUAUUGUACUUAAACUUGAAUUUAGUAUGAAUAUGUAGCAAGUUUGCUAAAUUUUAGGCUUAUGAGUAUAUAUCCUAUUCGAAAAGGAAAACAUGGGUUAUAAACUUACUUUUAAUUGAAGUUAACGGAGAAGAAGGGUAAGGUAGGCUGAGGUUGAAAUCAAUUAAUGAACCGACGAGGACUUUUGUUGGAAUAGCUACUAAUAGGACUCGCAUAAAGCUGUAUGCAAGCGCUGAUGGAUCUUUAUUUUUUGGCGGGUUGAUAUGUAAUAUUGUAGAUCAUAGAUAAUUUUUUAAAUUUUUUUUGGAAGGAGAACUUUAAACCAAUCUUAUGUAGCGAUUUACUUUUUCUUAAGAUCUUGUUAGAAAAGUUGAAAAACAAGGUAAACUACAAUACUUAUAAGCAUAAAACUAAAAAGCGAGGUUGUAUCAGAUAAUUUUAUUGCAUUCUUGGUAUAAAAUUACAGUAGGUAUUAAAACAUAAGGGUUAAAGUAAACAGGAUAGUAAUGGAUUGACUGUAGUUAUACUAGUAUUUGUUAGUACUUUGGCUGGGUUCUUGCAUUAGUUUUUGUCGAUGCUUCUACUGAACUUUGACUCGUCUCUCUCUUCUCUGUCUAGAUUAUUGUUCCGGACGGCCUGCGCCAAUCGUCCUCGCUGCCAGUUAUUUUCUGGUAGUGGGUUCUCUGCGAAGUAACGGUUCAUACGGUCGAAGUCGGUGUCGGAAAUCACUGAAAUAAGAAAACUAUAGUUUUUUACUAGUAGAUGAUUUUAUACCAAUUUUAAUAUUUUUUUAGCUUUUUUUUGGGUAAAAUAGACAUUCGAAGGCUAGCCAGCUCUUGCUGUCCCUUUUUAUGCCUAGUUUGGGCUUAUGUUGCAAAUCAUUGAAAAGUAAUAGGAUGAAGAUUAUUAAAAGUUACCACAACAAACAAAAAGAAAAAACUUACAUUUUUAUUGAAGAUUGGCGGAAGUUGAUGAAGAAGAAGGUACUGGAAUUGGUCAGGUUGAAGAACUGAUUAAGUUAAGAGAAUUGAUGGGCUAUUUAUAGUGUUCUGUAAAUCUACACAAAUUUUUGUAUAUUGUAGUAUAUGGUCGUAAACGUCUUUGUCUACCGAUUUUAUGUUUCCCGCUUAAGCGCGCCAAGAGUUAAGUUAAUAUGCAAUAGAUCAAAGUCUAUUUUUUUAAUCAUUUUUUUUAGAAGACGGGUUAUAUUAGGCUUGCAUAACGACUUUAUGAUCUCUUAUCUUUACAUUUUGUCAGAAGAAAAGAGUUUAUAUUUACAAUAUGUGGAAAAAAUUAGAAGAAUGAAUUAAAUUGCAAUUUAAAAUUCAAAAAACAUUAAUUUCAACAUCCAAAACCUUAAAAUUCAAUUUUCAGAAACUACCUAAACACUGUCAAAACCAAAGUCUACGAUCGAACUCAACAUAUCCUAGCACUGCAACGAGGGCGUGAGAAUAGGAUAAAGCUUUUGUCAAGAUUGGAGGAUAUAGCCCUACUACGAGAUGCUCAAGCUACUGUACAAAUGCUUCUGAAUCAAAGCGACUACCCGAAGGCAUUGGAAUGCAUCGAAACAGCUCAAGAAGUCCUCAGAUCCGAGCUGAAAGGUGUAGUUUGCUUCAGGCACUUGAGUAGUCAGUUGAAUGAGCUUCACAAAGCUAUUGGCAAGAUGUUGUUGGAUGAGUUUGUCACUAUUAUACAGCGGGAGUUUGGAAGACCAAUUGAGAAAGAGGGCGAUGCUGCAUAUCAGGAGGUAAGAGAGGAAAUUUUGGGGUAAAGUCGGUGUUAUUGUACUGUAAAUCGUGAGCUUUUCUACAAAUUUUAAAUUUUACUGUAUAGUAAUCUUUUUUUUACAGAGUCAAUUACAAAUUAUAACACACGGGUUAAUACGUUGCGACGAGUACAAAUUUAUGACCAUUUUGCGCAGUGAAAUCGUCGAAGCUGUGAAAAUGACGAUACGAACGGUGGUCAAGAAUCGACUAGUUGAGUGUGAGGCCAUGAUAGCGGAUUAUGAUCCGUCCUUGAGGUAGGACAGGUUUUAUAUGACUUAUAGGUUAUUAUUGUGGCUAUAGUAAUUUUUUUAAAAAUUUUUAUUUUGAGUUUUUUAGAAAUAUUUUUUUUUAUUAAAAAAAUGGUUGAAAUAGUCAUGAAUAAUAUAAAUGUAACAUUUCUGGUUUAGCCUGGGCGAGCAAAUGCGACAAAUGAGCUUUAAUCAAUGGCUGGACACUCUGGAAGCCAUCUUCAUGUCUCUAUAUUACCUUUGCAUGCGGGUCUCCAGCAUUCAAUCCAUGAUCCUAGACAAUGCUGAUCGAGUACACAGUAUACGACAACUUAGGAAAAAGAAUUCGGCACUCGAAUCUAAAUCAUCAACAGCACAGGAGCCAAAAAUAGCUAAUGGACAUAUCAAUAGAAGUGAAAAGGGUGAAAAGAAAGUGAAUAUUGAGGAAGAUAAUGAAGAAAUAGAUGAAGAAAAUGAUAAAGAAGGUGAAGAAGAAGCAGAAAGUAAUGGAGUAAAGGAAGAGAAUGGAAAAGGAGAAGGAGAAAAGGAAGAAAUGAAAGCAAAACAUGAUGAAGUGAAAGAAAAAGUGGAUGAAACGAAGGAAACAAACAAAGAAAUAAAGAAAAAACAAGAAGAAAUGAAAGAAAAUGGAAAAGAAGUAAAGGAAACCGGAGAAAAUCAUGAACAAUCAAAACAAAAUGGAGACAUUUUAACAGAAAAUGGCCAGAUGAACAUGCAAAAUGGCCUAGCAAAGGACCAAAAUGGACUGAAAAAUGGUACUCAAUCCAACUUUGCUGUAGCUUUCUUAAGUCAGCCAUGUAGAAGUUUGGAGCAACUGAAAGAAGCCGCGCCAUUUCUAAUUGAACACGCCAUAUUGGCGGCGGAAGAGCGGGUUUCGAAGAGGUUGGGCAACAAGUACAAGGUAAAAUUAAUUUUUUUUAAUUCUAAAAAUGAAUUUUAAAAGUGUUUGAACGAUUCAAAAAUGAUGUUAUAGUAGACAUUAGAUGGGCCAGAAAUGAAAAUUUUUAAAAAUCUUUUUAAAAUUUCAGGACAAAUUCCUGGAACGAUGCACAUCAGAUCAGUUUUGUCAGUUCGAAAGCCUAGUACGAAGUUUUAUCAAACAGAGCAGGUCAUUAGUGUCAACUUCAUCUGUCUUGAGUUUAUCCAACGGAUCUGAAGGCUUAACUCCACAACGAUCGCCACUAAUUGGCACGAUACAACUUCAAACUGCCAAGUUUAUCAUAUCAUUCCAGGAAAGCUGCAAGCAAAAAUUGAGGUAAAAUUUUAAAAUGAUUUUUGUUUUGUAAAAUUGUGGGGUAAAGUUGAUGUUAUUGUAUUGUAAAAUACGACCUAGUGGCUUUAGUAGCUGCACUAGAAUGUCUUUAUAACUAUACUUUACUAUCUUUGUAACUUUACUUUAGUGUAUUGAUGUUAUCCUUACACUUGUUAGGUUGUUCGAAUAAUUCUGCGCCCUUUAACCCUGAAAAUUUGCUUUGAAAGGAGCUCAGAAUUACUUGAAAAAUCUAAUAAAACAAUAUUAACCACUAAAUAUCACGUUUUCAGUCACGUCCUGGACGUAGAAAAAUGGCGACCAACAGAAGUUCCGUACCAUUUUCAAAAAAUCAUUGAUGAUUUCCUGGAGAACGGUGUUCUUCGUGACUCAUCCUCAACAUCAACAACCGAAUCCUCAUCGACCGUAACAUCACCGGAACCAGAAGAGCCAAAACUAUACCUAGAGCUAGGAAAUGAACAAUACUGCACAGUAGGAGCAUGCCUACUAAUGAUCAAAAUCAUGGCUCAAUACUGUACAGUGCUUGCCCAUUUCAAUCAGUCUGGCCCGGAAUUGGUGAUCCAUCUGGUGGGACUGUUGAAACACUUCAAUUCAAGGACUUGUCAGCUGAUUUUGGGCGCUGGGGCUAUGCAACUGGUCGGGCUGAAGACUAUCAGUGUCAAAACUUUAGGUAUGAAGUUGAAUUUUAAAGGUUUGGGUAUAAAAUUGGAUUUUUAAGGUUUAUGCAUGAAAUUGGGUUUUAAAAUUUGUUUUUUGGUCUAAAAAAGUUUGGCAGUCAAAAGGUACUAUUUUGGUGCUUGAACAUGUAUUUCAGGUUUAACAGUACGAUGCCUUCAACUAGUCUCUAGGUUCAUUCCACUAGUCAAAACCGAAUUUCUUAACGCUCUACCAGCUGACAAACAAAACUUGGGCCGACGUUUCGAUCUGACCUUACGAGACUAUGCUGAUCAUAUUGAUGAGAUUUACAACAAACUGGUCUUGGUGGUGGAUCAACACUUGCUCAGUGGCCUAGAACAAUGGACAUUGUCAUCGAACACACCAUCAAACGCAUUCCAACAUAUCAUACGACAGAUUGGUAAAUUCUACAACGGGUUCUCUUCUGUCAUGCCGCCGAAGGAUACCACGGUAAGGGGGGGGCGGGGUAAUUAGGGGGGGGAGGGAGUUAAAGAUUUAGAGAUUUUGGGAAAUUUUUUUUGAUCAAAAUUUUCUGUUUGAAGUACACGUACAAAGGGGCUGUGCCGGGUCUAGUUGACCUCUUAAAAGGUCUUAAUUUCAAAGAAAAAUUUCAAUUUUUCAAAAAAAAUUAAGUUUUUCGCCUAAAUCUGCUAUUUUUCAGCUUCUCCUCCGCCGCAUUCACGAAAACUUCAAGGUGCAUUUGGCAGAGAAGAUGAUCCAAAAAGGUAUUUCGCCGCACGACGCUUUAAACUACGGCAUGGCCGUUCAGGAAUUCAAUUAUUACAUGGAGAACAUGCGCUCACUUCCCGAUUGCCUUGAGUUUCCCGACGAUUCACUGGCCUCACUUCCUCUCUAA